GUCACGGGGAGGGGGCGGAGCGAAGAGGGCGUGGUCACGUGAGCGGAGGGCGGCGGACUCAACCACAGCAGAAGGGAGGAGGGGGGGGAGCGAAGAAGCCCUUCUCCCUUGGGCUGUCCCCAGGAAUUUACCUCUUGAGGAGGAUCCAUCCUUUAGCUGCCCUAAGAUGGCGGCCGCAAGGCGGGCGCUGAGGCUGCUGCCGCCUUUCACCACCUCCUCCCGCCACAACUCCAACCGCGCCGCCAUCUCCCACCUCCACCGGCAGCUCUACGGCCGCCUCUACCCUGUCCUCCUGGUGAAAACCGACGGCUCCACCGUCCACCUGCGCUACAAAGAGCCCAAGAGGAUCCUGAUGCUGCCCCUGGACAGCAGCACUCUGCCUGAGGAGGAGCGCAAAGCACGGCUGAGGAGGCACUUCCCCAGCAAGAUAAAGGCUGAGGAGGAGGAGACCUUCGACAGCAUCGACAUGGGCACCUACAAGAAGUUCUGGAAGAAGUGAAGGCCUGAAAUAAAAAAAUUACCGAGUUUGUCCACCC